AAGAAACGUUACAUGUUUCUUCUUAUUAACUACAUGUUACUUUUUAUUAGUUCGAUUUCAUCGUUCCUACUCUCAAAAUUCUAUUUCAAUCACAAAGGAAAUAGUCGAUGGGUAUCUACUUGGAUCCAAUCUGCUGGUUACCCUCUUCUCCUUUUCCCAAUCUAUUUACCAUUUUAUGUCUUUAAAUCAACUCAUAGAAAACCAUUUACAAAUUUCACUCCUGAAAUCUUGUUACUCUCUAUUUGUAUUGGUUUCUUCUUAGGUCUCAACAACCUUUUGUUAUCUUGGGGCUUUUCUUACCUCUCCGUUUCAACUAAUGCUCUUGUUUUAUCGUCACAGUUACUCUUCACUCUUAUCUUUUCUGUCAUUAUUGUCAAACAAAAAAUCACAUACGUGAAUCUCAAUUGUGUUAUUUUACUAACGCUUAGUUUGGUUCUAUUGGCCUUAGGUUCAAGUCAUGACAAACCGAAAGGUUUGACGACAACAAAGUAUUUUAUAGGAUUUUUCUCGACAAUUGGUGCUGGAUUGAUGUUUGCUCUUUACCUUCCAUUAAUGGUAAAAAUACAUAGAAAAGUUUAUUGCUUUUCUAUGAUUUUGGAAAUGCAUAUGGUGAUGGAAUUAACAGCUACAAUUUUUGUCACAUUGGGAAUGAUUAUAGAUGGUGAAUUUUUUGAGAUGAUUAAAGAGGCCAAAAAUGUAUUUGAUUUGGGUGAAAAAGCAUACUGGUUAACUGUGAUGUUUAAUGUGGUUACGUGGCAAUUUUUGUUUUUAGGAUCAACUGGAAUUGUGUUCUUGACAAAUUCAUUGAGAGGAGGAGUUUGCCAGAUGGUGUUGAUGAUAAUUAAUGUUUUGGGAGGGGUUAUAGUGUAUGGGGAUAAUUUUGGUGGAAUUAAAAUAGUUUCUACUUUGUUGUGUGUUUGGGGAAUUUCUUCGUAUUUGUAUGGAGUGUAUACGUGUAUGAACGAGGAGGAGGAGAGGAAAAGACAGAGGUUGCAUAUAGAUUAA